AUGCCAUGUUCUCUCCAGUGCUUCGAGUAUCUCGAUGGCGUACUCGACGUGAUCUGCGCCUUUGGUGACGAUGUAUGCGUCCAUGACGACGACCACCUCGCAACGCUGAACGUACGAAAGGCAGAGCCUCUCGAUACUGAAGAACAAAGCAUCGACUUUGGACGGCGCUUCUUCGAUCCCGGUUUCACGGUUGACCAGGCGCGUCAAAAACCAACAAACUUCCUCGUCGAGCACGGAGAACCCGGUACCCGGUCGCCAAAUCUCGGCGUUUGGGAGGGCUCAGAGUGGUGCCACACUGACGAGGUUAAUCUUGUCCCAGAGUAUAUGGGAAAUCUCCAGCAUCACGAGCCCGGCCUAUGGGUUGGCACCCCGCCGCGUCUCUACUGGUUUCACGUGAGCAAAGCAUUCCUGAUCCAAGACCUAGCCGUGGACAAACCGCAUAUUGGACGCGCCGUAGUGGAUUCGACAGAGCCCAAUGAAGAAGACGUUCUGCGCAAUCCGGUAAUCACGCAGAUCCACUUCGAUGGCCGGUCCCUCGUGCUGCGACAGUCCCGCCUUCUGAACUUUCGAGGUAACGAACCCACGGCCGAUGCAUAUCACAUGAUUCGUUGGAUGACCAACCACCCGAUGGGCGAAAUUAGGUUCCGCAAAGUCGCGGAUCAAGAGCCGGAGCAGACUAGUGUUCCAGAUGUCGACAAGAGUAACGGCAACUUGCCCGUUGACAUGAGAGGGGCAUAA